GGAAGAUGAACACCUUCCUGUCGUCAUUUCCGUUUAUUCGGGAAUGCCGUUUUGUUGAGAACACUGUCCGCUCUAAACGCUUAAAUGGCGCAUCAAAUUGGGUUAGAAACUCACUGCGGAAAUAGAACAGACGUCUAGAGAGUGGCAAAUUGAUAUCUGAAGCUUGUUCGCAAACUACUAUGUUCAAAAAGAUGACUGAAUUUGGUCCAGAUUCCGGGGGGCGCGUUAAGGGAGUGACUAUAGUGAAGCCCAUUGUGUUUGGGAAUGUUGCCCGUUACUUUGGGAAGAAGAGAGAGGAGGACGGACAUACACACCAGUGGUCUGUUUAUGUGAAACCCUACAGAAAUGAGGAUAUGUCUGCUUAUGUCAAGAAGAUCCAGUUCAAGUUACAUGAGAGCUACGUUAACCCACUGAGAGUGGUCACAAAGCCUCCGUAUGAGAUUACAGAGACAGGAUGGGGAGAGUUUGAAAUCAUCAUCAAGAUCUUUUUCAUUGACCCUAAUGAGAGACCUGUUACUCUGUACCAUCUGCUAAAGCUGUUCCAGUCAGAUUCCAGCGCAAUGCCCAAGAAAACGGUUGUCUCUGAGUUCUAUGAUGAAAUGAUUUUUCAAGAUCCGACAGCCAUGAUGCAACAGCUGCUGACCACAUCCAGACAACUCACCCUCGGAGCCUAUAAGCAUGAGACUGAGUUUGGGGAACUGGAGCAGAGGACGAAGGAGAAAUUGGAAGUAGCAAAGAAGAGAACGAGUCAAGAAAUCACAGAGCUGAAAGAUAGGCUGAAAGCCAGCAGGGAAAACAUAAACCACCUGAAGGCAGAGAUCCGGAAGCUGGAGGAGGAAGGGGAUCAUAAAGAACACUGAAAGGUGUUUAAAAACAGACAUGGGUGGUUUGUAUCAGUCCUUUUUUUCAAGGUGUAGAUUUCUCCCUCUUUCUCGGUUUUUCUCUGUGCCCCUAUUCACAUCUGGGGGACAGACAUUACUCUGCUUGAAAAAAAAAAAAAACAACCCUUCAGCUUCACAGUUCAAAUACAAUCUUAAAACAUCUGGACAUUGAUUGUGGUUUGUCAUCUCUGGAAUAAAAACUUGGUCUUUUCUUGCAAACAUAUUGCUGGAUCAGUCAGUGUGAGACAGAAAGGACCCAAGAGCACACAUUUGUAUAUGUUGUUUUUUUUUUGUUUUUUUUUUUACACUUUAAGUUUGCCUGUUCAUUUUUUAUUGACUGUUUUUAUAUAAAGUAAUUGUGCUAACUACAAGACAUGUUUUUUUCUGUUUUAAUAUUGGGAAAAUUCAAGUUGAAUCAGGUGAAAAUUUGACCUAUUUAAUCUGCUUAAGGCUACAGAGCUGGGCCAGACUGUUUUAAAUCAGUAUUUAGGAGAAAUGCUAAUUUGUAAAUUAGAAAAUACAUUGUGCAAAAAGGUGUUUCAUAGUGUUUUUAAAAAAUGCAUUAAACAAAUGGGACCUUCCCA